UGCGUUUUUUUUUUGCUUUCCUGGUGAAAAUUAGUGAUCAUUCGUCGCUGCUGUUUCUUCCAGAAAAUAGUAAAUAUUAUUAUUAAAAUUUGUUGUUGUGUAAACUAAAAUCUCAGAGUGCACUAGUAUACAAGGAGCUGAAGUUACGUGGUUACUCACUAAAUAGCAGCACAAACACGCCAAUACGGGUUUUCGAUGCUUAGGAUCCGCAUCAAAAUGGGUCCACAACAGCGUUAUAAGGAAUGGACGUGCUGCUUUGGUUUGCAUGUCCACACAGCCACCAUUAUGAUUGGCCUUUGGCAUUUGUUUCUAAAUAUAUUAGCACUCAGUCUACUUGCCAUUAUAUGGCGCAAUCCGACCAUGAUGGAGGAGCUCGAGAGUGGCUACGAUUAUACUGUGGAUUUGAGCGCACCGCCAUUACCAACACCACUAAGCAAGGUGGAUCCUCCAUACCCAUAUCGGGAUCAUUCGCUGAGCUAUCGCAAGCAAUACCAUAACUUCGAUAUGGGCGGCUUGGUUUGUACCUGCAUGAUUGCCAUUACGAUGAUGAUGAUUUAUGGUACUCUAAAGGGUAAACCCUCACAUCUUUUGCCAUUUUUCUGCCUACAACUGUUUGAUUUUGCCAUAACCACUCUAACCGCUGCCGGCUACAUCUGUUACCUUCAAGCCAUACACCGUCUAAUUGCCGAAUCUCAUCGCUUGCCAUGGCGCGAGAAAUUGCUUGAGAUGUCACAAGAAGAACUAAUGGUCAUCGUUUUGGUGGUUUUCUUUUGCAUUGUAUUCUUGAAAGCCUAUGCCAUUGGCAUAGUUUGGCGUUGCUAUAAAUAUCUUACGCUGCGACAACAAGAUCUACGCACCUUGCUACCGUGUGUUUUACCGGAAUUGGGUGGCGCCGGUUUGACGGGCGAAGAACGCGCCUAUACCACACUCUUGCCAAAUUAUGAUGAGGCCAUUGCACAAUAUAUGAAGCAGGCGCCACCGCCAUCCUAUCAGGUGGCCAUGUCAAAUUAUCAGGGUGUCGAUGCUCAGGUAAAUAACGCUAAUAAUGUGCCGGAUACCGUCGGUGCAGCGGUGGUCACCAUUGACGACACGUUGGACAAUAAUAAUGAUUCACCGAACAACAACAACACAGUUCACGUAAAUGCCAAUACACCGCCAAUGCGGCGUAAUGAGGCUGUCACUGAGGGUACUGAGUUGGAAAGUGUUGGUGUUGAAGCUGUUACUGCUCCGCCCGCUGCAGAUGUUGCCGCAACUGGACAAUUGACACCACCACCAUCCUACUUAGAUGCUGCUGAUGGUAUUUCCAGUCCAUCUGCAGAAAAACUCUUUGUGCCAGCUCAAGCUAUACAUCGUCAAGCAGACAAUAGAAAUGAGAGUCACGCUUAAAGUAGUGAUGGCUGGUGUUAGGUAGUGCAUGUGUGGGUAGUUGUCAAGUGUCGUUGAGUGCAGUAGAGCGUGAUUUUGGUUUCCCAAAAAUAACAACUGAUGAAGGUUCGGCUUUUGCGUUAGAAUGAGCAUUAUAUUUAACGAGAAAGUGGUUUUGAAUAGUAAUUCUGAGAUCAACUGUCACAAGAGACAGGGAUACUAAAAUUGAUUUUGUUAAAAUUAAACGCACGACUAAUGCAGUGGAAAGUUCGUAAAUAGUUUUUUAAGUUUACGUUUAUUGACAGCGAAGGUUUUUUAUUUAAAAUUUGAAAUAUAUAUAUAUUUUUAAUAAAUUUAAAGAAAUAUUAUUGCACCUUUGCUGGUUAUUAUUACAAAUAACAAAAAAAUUUCAAUUUACAAUAUUUGUGUAAGAAUAUUACAAAACUGCAAAUCGUUAAAGAAGAUUAAGAAAACAACUUAGGUCGAUUCCUAACAGUCACCUGAAAAAACUAAAAAGCAGUUGAAAAAUGCAUAAAAUAAUAAAAUUGUCAACAUUUUCGCUCUGAAUGUACUCUCAAUAUCAUUAUACACUGCAACAAAAACAGAAAUGAGUAAAAUUAUAAAUACAAAUAUGUAUGAAUGAUAAAUGGUGUUUAAAGUGAAAGGAAAUUUAAGAAAAACAAUGUUUUUAAAAUGAUAGCGUACUGAAUAAAACUAAAAUUUAUACAGAAACUACUUAACCAAAAAAAAAAAAAAAAAAAACAAAAAAUGGUGCAACAGUAGAAACUUGAUAAGCAUACAAUACUAAUAUACGCAUAUUUGAAGAAAAAAUUCACGAACAUUUGAAAUAAAAUGUCUAAAGGCCGAGAGUAGGCGGACAUAUAGGCCUCAAAUAUUGACGUUUUUAAUAUGUAAACAAAGAACUGGCGAAGUCAUAUAUUAAAAGUAGCGUUAAUAUAACCAACAAAACCAAAAAAACAAAAACAAGAAAACGAAACAAAAUUGAUUUAAUUUUAUGAGUUGCACCUACUUAUCUAUCGCACAAUUAAUAAAUAAUCAAAUAAUCAAUUCUUAUAGUUGUCAUGUUGUUGACAUUUUUGCGCGAUUAACAACAUUAUUAUCCGUUUCUAUACAUAUCUGCAUACAAACAAGCAUGCUCGCAUGUGAAUGCUCAUGUACUACACUUACAUACAUACAUACAUACUACCUUUGUCAAUUAUUUUUUUAUUUGUUUUAUUCAAAAGUUUUUUCCAAACUACUAAUUUUAGUAUUUUAAAAUUUACAUAUUUUUCUUUUCGCAAUAUUAUAAGGAUGUUCUUAAAAUAAUAAUAUUAUUAUCAUAUUGUUUAUUAAUAGCUUUGAAUUAAAUAAUAAUUAUAAUGCACAUACAAUGAUACAUACAUAUAUUUUAAAUAUUAUAUUACAUAAUAUAAAGAAAUAAACAUACAUAUGUACUAAAUAUUACGUAAAAAGCGUCAAUGUUAAGUAAAUAAUAUUCAUAUUCGAAUACGGCAGUUAACGGUACAAUGAUUUGUCAUUGCGGCAGUCUGCCGCUUGUGAAAAAAUAAAGAAGUAAAAUAACGAAAACAA